CCCAGACGUAAACAUCAUAGAGAAGAAGUAAAGCACUUCCGCCUUGUCACAACUUCAUUCAGUCCGUUCAGCCCGUAGAUAUUCAGCCACUCUCUUUCAUUUGGUCUCAAAAUGGCUAAAGUAAAAAACAAACGUGAGAAAAUCAGCAUCGCCACUGAGAUUGAUCGUUUGGAGGAGAAACGGGAGCGUUGCCAGGACAACCUGGGGCGGGCGGAAUUUAGGAGCAGGAAGGGGGGGCUCUCCGAGGAAGAAAGACAAGAGCUUGAAAAGGAAAUGGCAGUUAUAACCAAGAGAGUACAAAGGCUGGACAAAGAGCUGCAGCAGUUAAGAGGUGAAAACAGAAAGAACAUGUUGGUGUCCGUCGCUCUGUUUGCCAUCAGCGCCCUCUUCUACUACUUGUUUUUCUACAAUGAGGCCGACACAUGAAACUGUCCAGGAUCUCAGAGGACCAUCUGAAUUUUAAUAAACCCAACACACCUUAUUAUGGGAUGACCAUCUGGAAUAUUGACAGAGACUUUAGUGGAUGAACCGCCUAAGUUUUUCCUUCAGAUGGCAGCAUCUUAGCUCAUUUGGAUGGAUGAAUCUAUGCAGCCAGAACCCACAACAGCUCCAUCCACUGCCUUACUGGAUCCUCCACCAUGAAACACAAUGUUUUUGCUGUUCAUUAGCAUUUUACUGUUAAAAAUUGAGAAUUUAAACUGACCUUGGCCAUAAAAAAAUGUUUACAAUUAAAUAAGCCAACUGGAUGUAUAAUUUGCCUUCUGAAAGGCAGCUGAUAUUUACAAAACACCACGACUAUUGCUGCUUUCUCAUCAUGUGUAAAGGAAUAAAUGACAAACUUGACAUUUGA